CGUGUUUAUUAAUUUUUUUUAUUUAAUUUGUAUUUAAAAAAAAAAAAAAGAAAAGCCAAACGAAAAAGCCUAGUACGACAGUUAUGCUCCCAAUUUUCGCCUAAACAGCGCCCCAACAGUCCACACCCUCUCUCGUUGGUGAUCGGUAACGGUCAUUUUUCCGGUCAAUUUCUUUUCUCUUUAAAGAGUUGAUUAGAAAGUUGCUUCUUCCCCUUGCAAAUUACACUUUAUCGCUUACAAAUCUCUCUCUGUGCAACUCCCUCUCUUUUCUCUUUUUAAAUUGUACUUAAGGAGGGGUUUAUGGUGAUAAACAGGCACUAAGUGAAUGUUAGGGUUUUGGGACAGUGGCCUUGAAGAAUGAUAUGUGAAGUGAUUUUUCAAUUUUGGUUUCAAUAAUGGUGGCUGCGGUUUCCACUACAAUAAAUCCCAAAACGACACCGCCGGCGGCAGCAGCCACGCGAAACCACAACCCAACAAGGCCUCCUCUGUUACCAUCGGACCCCGACAAUGCUCUCGCUCCUCGCCGCCCCAAAUCCCGCGAAGUUACUUCUCGGUACAUGUCUUCUUCUUCCUCCUCUUCUUCAACUGCGAAGCGGUCCUCAUCGCCGUCAAUUUCGCGGCCAACGGGUAUGAUGACCCCGGUGCCCUCUUCUCAUUCCACAAUCAAACGGUCGCAAUCCGUCGAGCGGAGGAGGUCUACUACACCGCGCUCUAUAGAUUUGAGAACCGGGAAUGGUAUUGGUGGGGAAGUGUCGAAUGCGCAGAAGAUGUUGAUUACUUCUACGAGAAGUUUGUCAGUCUCGUUUCAGGGGGAGUCAUUCUCGCUUCAGGUGAGUAAAGCGAAACCGGCUCCGUCGCCGAUUAGCGCAAGGAAAGGUACGCCAGAGAGGAGAAAAGCUACUCCAAUGCCCUCGAGAGGAGCGGAUCAGGUAGAGAAUUCGAGGCCGGUGGAGCAGCAGCGGUGGCCUGGGAGAUUGCGGCAACCGAAUUCCCUGAGUAGGAGUGUGGAUUGCACUGAUGAUAGGAAGAGAUUAACUGGAUCUGGAAUGAAUAUAAAUAUUGUCAGGGCAUUGCAGAGCUCCUUGAUGGAUAAUAGGUCCUCAGUUGAGGGCAGAUUGAACUCUGAUUCCAGCAAUAUCGAUUCAGAGAAUCCCAUUGAGGCUAACGGAUCCGAUGGACAGAGUGAUCCUCCUGUAGCUUCUGACACUGAGAGUGUGUCCUCCGGUAGUACUUCUGAGGCUAUUAGUAAUAUUGUUGGUGGUGGACAAGCACAACGUGGACAGCGUGGGAUAAUGGUGCCUGCGCGGUUCUGGCAAGAGACUAACAAUAGACUCCGGCGCCAGCAAGAGCCUGGCUCCCCAGUCUCCAAGACUGUCGGAUUGAAAGGGUCCGUACCAACUAAACUUGUUGCACCCAAGAAGCUUACUGAUACCCCAGUAUCUUCACCAAAAGGAGUUGUGAAUGGUAGGGGACAGUUGUCUCCUAUUCGUGGUGGAGCAUUACGGCCUGCGUCGCCCAGUAAGCUUGGUACACUGUCACCAAUGAGGGGAGUGAGCCCAUCAAGGAUGAGGAAUGCUGCGGGAGCUGUGGUGAGUAGCAAUUUAAGCAAUAUGAAUAAUACGCCUUCAAUUUUGAGCUUUGCUGCUGAUAUUCGGAGGGGCAAGAGUGGGGAGCAUCAGAUUGUUGAGGUGCAUUUGUUGAGGAUUUUAUAUAAUCGGUUGUUGCAAUGGCGUUUUGUGAAUGCCAGAGCUGAUACUGCCUUGUCAGCCCAGAGGUUGAAUGCAGAGAGAAGCCUGUAUAAUGCACGUGUAACAAGCUCAAAACUGCGUGAAUCUGUCAAGGCAAAGAGAAUAGAGUUACAGUGGUUGAGGCAAAAUUUGAAGCUAAUUUCUAUUCUCAAGGGGCAGAUGAUAUAUUUGGAAGAAUUGGCACUUAUGGACCAGGAUUUUUCCCGUUCUUUAUCUGGGGCUAUUGAAGCUUUGCGGGCUAGCACACUUCGCCUACCUGUUGUUGGUGGGGCAAGGGCAGAUAUCCAAAAAGUGAAGGAUGCUAUCUGUUCAGCAGUUGAUGUGAUGCAGGCAAUGGCAUCCUCAAUAUGCUUAUUGUUAUCAAAGGUUGGGGAAGUAAACACUCUGGUGGCCGAACUUGCUAAUGUAGCUGCAAAGGAGCAUGCUUUGCUUGAUCAAUGCAAGGAUCUCUUGUCAAUCAUCUUAGCCAUGCAGGUGAAGGAAUGUAGCCUGAGAACGCAUUUUAUACAACUAAAACGUGUACCUUCCAGCCUAACAACAAAAGUGUAAAGCUCAUGUUUCUUGACAGCCUACCCUAAACGCUAACAACAGACCAGAUCUUUUUUCCUCGGAUUGAACAAGCCAGAUGUAAUAAGAGAAGUACCAAUUAAUGGUCGGUUGCUCUUAAAAGCAGAAGAUAGCACACUUGCCUCUUGGCAUAAAAAAAAAAAAGGCUAUAUUAUAUAUGCAUAGACGGCAUGGAGUUGUCAUUCUCAAUAUUCAGAUUAGAUUGUAUAAAGGUACUUUCUCUAUAGGACAGAAAAAAAAAUAUAUGUAAAUAUGUUCUUAUUCAAUAGUUCUUGAUGAAGUUCGUUCUAACUCGUUUGUGUGUAUUUACGAGGCUUGCAUUGGUAUGGUAUCCGCAGAAACAAAUUUGUGACACAUUAUUUUCUGUAUAAAUAUCAAGGCAUUGCUUGUCAACA